AUGUUAGGUCCUGAAUCGCAGUUGAAGCUACUGAAGAGCACAGAUAGAAUGAUCAUGAGUUACCAUAAGAGGGUUCGAUGCAAGAAAAUCUUGAAAACAAGUCGUGAAAGUGCUGGUAAAAGAAUGAAAAAGGCUAUGAUGGGGAUUCCUCGAUCGAAUUUGGCUAUUAUUAUUGCAAAAAGAUUGGUGAAGAAAAAGACUAAAAUGCUUAAAAGACUUGUGCCAGGUGGACAAUCCAUGGAUGAAUUCUCCCUCAUCAAAGAAGCAUUAGACUACAUUCUUUCUCUUAAGGUACAGGUUGAUGUGAUGAGGAGUGUAGUUAAUGCAACUCAGGUUUUAUGCCAUGAUAAAUUGCUGAAAUCAGUUGAAUAA